UUCUAGAACGGAGUCAGUAGGUUGUGGCCCUGCUCCAGGUGCAUCGUAUCAGUCGUACCUAUCAGUCCGUACGAUAUAACACACGCGCAGUCUCGUGCUCACACUCUGCGGCGGACGACCGGCACGCGAAUCGUAUAUAGUAUAGUAAUUCACUUCUCCAGGGACACUUUAAUAAACGUACUCAACGUUGUAUCGUAUUCAUUUUGUCGUAUCGGCGUUUUUGUUUUCGUCGCUAUAACCAUUAAACCGGCAUUUCUCUAUAUAAUAUUAUAAUAUAUACACAUCGGGACGGUGUAAUGUGCAAUUGUUGAAACAGUACUUAAACAUACGCGAGAACAAACCGUAUUCCGUUAAUCGACGAGAGAGUAAAAUCUAUAGCCUGCGAUACGAUGAAGAGUCUCGGAUUUUCCGAGUACCUUGCCAUUUGCUGGUGCCUGUGUCAAUGUCUACUAUACCACGGCGCAUCCGGAGCCAGGGAUUCCGCGUGUCCCAGGAUAUGUCCGCAGGGAAGUUCCGAAGAACCGGUUUGCGGUUCGGAUGGCAUAAUUUAUCCGAACGAGUGCGAACUGAAAAAGAAGACUUGCGGAAAAGGCAUAGCUGUGGCAGAGAGCUCAACGCAGUGUCUACGGGCUUACGGAUCGAAUUGCGAACAUCGUUGUGGCAAAGAACAGGACGCGGUAUGUGGUACCGAUGGCCGGACGUACCUAAACAGAUGUAUGAUGCAAGUGGAAAUAUGUAGAGUCGGCACGUCGAUGUCGCACUUGGGACCAUGUAGCAAUAUAUCAGCCCACAGGGAAAACUGUCCGGUUAACUGUGACCAAGCGCCUAUGGAUGGACCUAUUUGUGGAUCCGACGGAAACGUUUACAAGAACACUUGUCAGAUGAAACUGUUCACUUGCGGACAAGGGGUGGUGAGGACAUCCAAGAAACACUGUCAGACGACCAGACACUGCCGGGAAUCGUGUUGGCGGGUGUCAAAACCCACUUGUGGGUCGGAUGGCAACAUCUACAGCAACGCGUGCCGGAUGAAGUCCAAAAACUGCGGCAAGCACGUGUUUGAGGUUCCCAUGGCGUUCUGCCUAAGCCAAGAACGCAACCGGGUCGGUUCAUCGAACGCGUGUCCAGUGAAUUGCGACAAAGAGAAGGACCGGCUGACGUGCGGCUCCGAUGGCAACGUGUACCGUAGCGAGUGCGAGAUGAAAAUGCUCAACUGCGGACAACAGACCAAGAAGAAAGUGACUAAGGUAGAUUUGGAAAAGUGUAGAGCCAGGAUCAACAAGUGCAACAAGGGUCAGUGCCCAGAUGACGCGGACCCAAUUUGUGGAAACGACGCUCAGAAUUAUAAAAAUCAAUGCCAAUUGGACCAGGCUACUUGUUUGAGAGGAAUACAGAUGGCACACUUGGGCAAGUGUUCAUCGCUGCUAUCCACUGAAAAGUGCCCACAGAGCUGUGAAAACGAACGAGAAGAACCGGUGUGCGCGUCCGACGGUAACGUUUACAGAUCGGAGUGCGAUUUGAAGAUGAACACAUGCGGGCAAAAAGUCGUGGCCGUUCCGCCGCACCACUGUCCCACGACGGCCCUGUGCCACCAACAAUGUGACAAGACUAAAGAGUUUGUGUGCGGAUCUGACAACAAGCUGUACAGGAACGAAUGCGAAAUGAAACGCGAAAACUGUGGGAAACACGUGUACGUGGUGCCCAUGAAGAGGUGUCUGACCGGAUUCCAGUUCAAAGGAUGCCAGCGGGUGUGUCCGACUCUGUACGACCCGAUUUGCGGCACCGACCUGAAGACUUACAGCAACGACUGUUUCUUGGAAAUGGAGAACUGUCGGUCCCGGUCGCUGGUUAGCAAACAGUAUCACGGCGUUUGCGGGCAGCCCACCGAAGAGCCUAAAAACUAUUUGUACUGAUCCUACAUAAUAAUAUUAUUUAUUAUAAUAUUAUACUAUAAUGCAUGAUGAAGUAUACAUAUAUUAUUAUUAUUAUUAUUAUUCGCAAAGAUUUUGAUAUUAUGUUGCGUUUUUUUUUGAUAACGCAUUAGGUACAUACUAUAUUUAUAUUUUAAUUUAAUAUGAUUUUUUAAACACUAGAAGGGUUUAUUUACAUCCGUGAUUUGUCAAUAUAUUAAAUUAAAUUGUAUAAUUAUAAUACUUUAAAUGUUAACCGCAUUGGCGGAAAUCGGAGGAGGCUUUCCUUAAGUCCGUCAAGCCUACUCAUUUUUUAGUUCUGUGGGAUCGAAGCCUCCCGCUCAUAUUGAUGUUAAAAAUGUUAGCUCCCCUGAAAUUUUAAUGGAUUUCCACCUAUGGUUAAUCACCUCAAAUGUGUUAGAAUUUAUGUCAAUGCCACAAGUAUAAUUCUAUAAAGUGUACAUCAUUGUAACACAUUUUUCUCUACUUAUGAAAUUCUUAAAACACCAAACGCUUUUUUUCUUAUAUAAAUUUUAUGUACUACAUUAUUAUAAUAUUAUAUAAUUGAGUGACGUGGCAUGAAAAUCAAUCAAAUUCAAACAUAUUACCUAAUACUUAGGUUCUAGGGUAUUGAAUUUUAAUUUUAAGAUUAUUUAUUAAUUAAUAAUAUGUUGUGCUCUCAAACAAAUUAUAUACUUAAGUAUUGGCCCAUCAAGUUGAUAACAUUACGUGUCUUACCCGACCCGAAAUAUUAAAUAAAGCAAGUGCCAAUACAAUGUCAUAUUAUAUACAAAUUAAGAAAUUUAUAAAAUGACAUUUUAACUAAAUAAACUGGUCAAUUGA